UUGGUCCGCCUUCGGGUACCUGCGAUAUCGAUUCGCCAGGACGACGGCGAAGAGGCAGACGAAGAGAAGGAGCCCGAGGGUGAAAAAGAGGAGGAAGAAGAGGAGGAGCAGGAGGAGGAGGAAGAAAAGAAAGAGAACCCAGCAGGGAACAACAGAAAAGCGGAAGAGAAAGAGGAAGAGUCCGGGGCGGAAGAGAACAAUGGUGGUAAGGAAGAAGCCGAAUCAGCAAGCGGUUCGGGGAGCGAUUCUGAUGCGCCGAAAGCACCGGGAGCCCAGGAAUCCGAAUCCAGCGCCAGCAGCGACUCGGAACAAGAACAACCAGCUCCCUCCGUGACACCGCCUCCGGGCGCCGCUCCGCCCGCAUCCAACCCGACGAUCCUGCCGACAGCACCGCCCGCCGCUCUGAACCCGGCCGUACCGGCCGCAAGUUUUCCGCCGGCCCGGGGAUUCAUCACCUUGGUCCCCGGCGCGCCGCCUCCGUCAACGCCUCCGCAACCUCCUCCUCCUCAAAUGGCACCCCAACAGCCAUCAAAUCCUCCCGCCGCGACGCCUUCCGUCGCUCCGUCAAGCCGAUCUUCAGCCCCGCCUACAUCCUCGCCGUCACCACCACCUCCUUCGCCCCCUCCGCCAGCUGUACAACCGUCUGCUCCCCCUGCCUCAGAAACCCCGUCAACGCCAGUACCGCCAGCGAACGUCGGAAAUGCCGCCUCGGGAACAUCUGUACCGGAGCUUCUGCCGUCCAACGCUCAGAUGCAAGAAUCUAACGGCGCCGUCUCCGCAUCGCCCUCCACCUCGUCAGAUUCUCAGCGCUCUCUCGCGAUCGGAAUCGCUUUUGGUGUUGCAGCGGCCAUCGGUCUUCUAAUCGGCGCCUUCAUCUUCUUCAAGAAGCGAUACCGCAAGAAGAAGGUAGACGCCGUGGCUACAAACAUGCAGAACGCACCACCGAACCCCGGCCCCGGCCCCGGCCCCGUAGCUGCACCCGUCAAGCCCUUCUUCCCCAACGAGUCAGCCAUCCUCCGCCAACCGAAGCGCGACACCAAGGAGAUGGAGCAAACCAUGGUCACCACGUACCGCCAGACAAAGAUCGCGAACCGCACGACUCGCGAGAUGGAGGAGCAGAUGGUCGCGCAGUUCAUGGCCGCCAACGCCGCGAUCCCGAACCCUCAACCCCUGGGACCCGCGCCACCUGCGAAAACGAAUCAAACAAGGAACCUGUCCACGACGAGCUUUUACUACGAAAAGUCAAUCAACGAGCCCAACAACGAACCCCCGAUCAAUAACGAACCGCCUUUCGUCCCCGAGCCGCUGAGGAUAAGCACCGUCAAACAACCGCCAUCACGUAUCCCGUAUCCGGAUUCCACGUACGACUUGUAUCAGGGAAUCGGCCAAGGACCGUACCGCGAGUCGAUAAAUAUUGGGUUCCAGCCGUAUAACCCAGACAGCUACUACCAAGCACAACCGCAAGCACCAAAUCCAUCCCAACCGCAACCCGUACCCCAAUUCCAGCCGCAAUCACAACCUAUGCCCCAAUUCCAACCACAAACCCAGCAGCCGUAUCCCGGACAGGCCGUGUCUCGGUACUCGCCACAGUACAUCCCGCAACCGGGAGGUUUACCGCGAGCCGAAAGAGGUCCGGACGGAAGAUACAUGGGAUGA